AUGAGGAUGAGGAUGGAGGGCGGGGAGGAGAUGCAGGGUGCCGUGGGGCUACGCUGCACCUGGGACAUCCCGCCACCUGCUGGCACCCAGGCCAAGUGGGUGAGGCUCAAUGUGGGGGGCACCGUCUUCCUCACCACCAGGCAGACCCUGUGUCGGGAGCAGAAAUCUUUCCUGUGUCGCUUGUGCCAGGGCGAGGAGCUGCAGUCGGACCGGGACGAGACUGGUGCAUACCUUAUAGACCGGGACCCCACUUACUUUGGACCCAUCCUGAAUUUCCUGCGUCAUGGGAAGCUGGUCCUGGAUAAAGAUAUGGCUGAAGAGGGAGUCCUAGAAGAAGCUGAGUUCUAUAACAUUGGUCCUUUAAUCCGAAUAAUCAAGGAUCGACUGGAGGAGAAGGACUACACAGUAACUCAGGUGCCUCCUAAGCAUGUCUACCGUGUGCUACAGUGCCAGGAAGAGGAGCUCACUCAGAUGGUUUCCACUAUGUCAGAUGGAUGGCGCUUUGAGCAGCUUGUGAACAUUGGCUCAUCCUAUAAUUAUGGGAAUGAGGAUCAGCCAGAGUUCCUGUGCAUGGUCUCCAAAGAGCUGUACAACUCCCCCAAUGGCCUGAGCUCUGAGCCCAGCCACAAAGCCAAGAAAGAACUGCUAUGGCUCAUCUUGCAAGUAUCUCCACUCUUUCUUCCCUUUGUCCUGCAUGCUGGGCCACAGAGCACAGAGGAGUACCUGGAGGAGGAAGAGCAGGAGGUGGAGGAGGAGGCAGAAGCAGAUGCAGAGGAGAAAGGUGCAGCAAAUCCUUGA